CAUAACAUUACUACUGAAUGUCCAUUAAAUAGUGUAUCAUAUGAUUGAUAUGUUUUAUAAAUUUAGAUAAAUUUAUUAGUUAUUAAUAUAUUAAGUGAUUUAACUGAUUGUCCAAAACAUAUGACAUGUCAUCAAACAAUUAUCGUAUUUUAUUACACUUCUUGAAUCAAUUGGAUUCAUCGUUAAGAAUUGGUUUGCGACUCAGGAACCGAUCGGUCGAUGACUUAUUGUUUAAAAACUUUUUCAAUGAUAUUCGUCGCGAUAUUAACCACCGAUGCAGAGACAGUAAUCGUAAUGUCACCAAAAGUUUGUUUAGACCAUUGUCUACAAGAAAUGGCAAAAUUAGAUCAAACCGGCUAAACAGUGCCGAAGUAGUCGACAGGUCUUAUAUGAUAUACGAAGGCGUCCGACAAUACAUGCAAUACAUUGCUAAACAUAAUAUGAAAUCAAGUGUUUUGUCACCAUUUAGUUCAUCACUUGAAGUUGAGAUACCGAUUCAAAGACAAGAUAACAAACAUACAAAUGAUGGAGAUAAUUAUGACAUAAAUUUUAAAACUCAUCGCAAAACACAUGAAAUACCUGUUGAAAACCAGACAUUUAAUGAAAAUAUUACCAAAAGUUCAGCAGUUAAUGAAAGUUUGGCUAAAAGUAUAACUAGUGAUGAAAAUGUAUUAAAUGGUGUCAACGAUGUUAAUACUAAAAUCAUAACAAAUAAAUCAAUUGGAAAUAUCACUUCGAGACCUAAUAAUAAUUUGCAGCAAACUUUAAGCCAGAAAUCAAAGGAGCGCAAAGUGCCGGCUAAUCGGGUGAGUCGUAUGGCAUCAUUCGGAAGUUUGGCUAUCGGUCUUGGAUUCGGUGCUCUCGAAGAGCUAACAAAAAAAACUUUGGGUUUUACUUCUUCAGCAAAUAAUGAGAAAACAAUUUUAGGAUCAAAUCCGUUGUUGACUGAAGCGAAUGCCAAUAGAAUUGUUGACACAUUAUGUCGAGUGAGAGGAGCGGCACUUAAAUUAGGACAAAUGCUUAGCAUUCAAGACAACAAUUUAAUUAGUCCUGAAUUACAAAAAAUAUUUGAAAGAGUUAGACAAUCGGCAGACUUUAUGCCGAUUAAGCAAAUGAGGAAAGUUUUGAAGGAAGAGUUGGGCGAUGAUUGGCAAACAAAGUUUAAAAGUUUUGAUGAGAAACCAUUUGCAGCCGCAUCUAUAGGUCAGGUCCAUAGAGCCACUCUUCAUAAUGGUCUGGAAGUUGCCGUCAAAAUACAAUAUCCAGGCGUUGCUGACGGCAUUGAAAGUGAUAUCAGAAACUUGUUAUCGAUUCUUAAAUUUGGAAACUUCUUACCCGAAGGUCUGUUCGUUGAGAAUAUUAUGCAAUACGCGAGAAAAGAGUUGAGUUGGGAAGUGGAUUACGUUAGGGAAGCAUUAAUGCAACGCAAAUAUAAAGAAAUACUUACCACACAUCUCAACACUGAAGGCUUUUAUGUACCAAAAGUUAUUGAAGAGUUGUCCACUAAAAAAGUAUUUACUUCUGAGUUGAUUUCUGGAAUAUCUGUUGAUAGACUCGAGACAACUGAUUCUGUACCACAAGAAGUCAAAAGUCGUAUCGCACGACAACUAAUGAAACUCUGUUUACGAGAAAUCUUUGAAUUUAAAUUCAUGCAAACAGAUCCCAAUUGGUCUAACUUUUACUAUGAUAUGAAUACUGGUGUUAUUAAUUUGUUAGACUUUGGCUCUACUCGUGAUUUUAGUAAAGAAUUUGUCAACAAAUAUAUGGAUGUCAUUAAAGCUUCUGCCGAUCAGGACAGGGAACGAGUGGUUGAAUGCUCGAAGACUAUUGGGUUUCUCACCGGAUAUGAGACACAGGUAUUUGAGAGGACACACACCAAUGCAAUCAUGAUUUUAGGCGAAGCCUUUUCAACGGAAGGAGAGUUUGAUUUUGGAGACCAAAAGUUAACAAAAAGAAUACACGACUUAAUGCCUGUUCUUCUUAAAUAUCGUUUGACUCCACCGCCAGAAGAAAUAUAUUCACUUCAUAGGAAAAUAUCCGGUCUUUUCAUGUUAUCCUCAAAACUUAGGGCUAAAUUCAAAUGUAAAGAAAUAUUUGACGACAUUUAUAAUAAUUAUGAAUAUUAG